AUGUCAAACACAGAAACUUUCAAAGUUAUCAUAAUAGGCGGCGGUCCGACCGGUCUGGCCCUGGCACACAUGCUUCAUCUGGCUGGCAUCGACUACAAGCUCUACGACAAACGCAAGGACCUCUGCGAGCGCCAUGGAGCAGGACUCGCUAUUCAACCACAGAACUGCCGCAUCCUAGAACAACUAGGUAUCUUGGACGAGGUGAUUCAACAAGAGCUGGCGCCUGAAAUGCAGGUGCACCGUGAAGUCAAUGCCGAUGGAAAUAUCCAGGCUGAAUAUCCCUUCUUCCACUGGCUCAAAGAGAACCAUGGCUACACUAUGUUGCUUUUUGAGCGGUGGCAGUACCUUCAACUUUUAUACGACACUCUACCGGACCGUGAGAGCCACAUUGUAAUCAACAAGACUUUCCAGUCGCUGUGCAUGAUUGGGGACGCAAAAGUCGGAGUUAGGUUCACGGACGGUUCAGAAGAUGAAGGUUCAAUGGUGAUUGGUGCUGAUGGAGUUUAUAGUAGGGUCAGAGAUUGUGUGAUUCACCAAGCACCCAAAUCCGUCUUCGAGCACAAGCCUUACAGGAUUUCGUUCAGAGCUUUGUAUGGUGUUGGAACUCUUCCCGCAGGGUUGGAUUCUGGUGUCGUGCGAGAAAUUCCUCACCAAGGAUGGUGGUUCCAAAUAAUUUCUCAACCUCAACGGGUAUUCUGGAUGCUCUACCAGGCCCUCGAUCGGCCAACGACACAUGCAACUUUCUAUAGAGAAGAAGAGGCCGAAGCUCUAGCUGCACAACAUGGAGACUGCCCCGUCGGAGAAGGCUUAACCUUGAGAGACCUGAGGACCUCAAAGACGUUUGAGAAGCUUGCAGUACUGGAGGAAGGAAUCGCGCCAAAAUGGUACUGGAAGAGGGUCGUGCUCAUUGGAGAUGCCGUGCACAAAGUGACACCAAAUCAAGCCCACGGCGCCAAUAUCGGACUGGAAUCAGCCGCUUGUCUGGUCAAUCAACUGCGAUCCCUGAUCAAGCUCAGCCCCAAUCCAACUGAGACACAGCUUGAGCAGGUCUUCCACGCAUAUCAGGCAUUCCAUAUCGGGACACUGAGCGGCGACGGGGCUGGUCAAUCUGCACCAGAAUCAUGA